CGUGUAUGCCCAGACACUUACGGAUCGUUUGCUGCCCUAAGAACUGUUUCUAUUCAAAAGCUGCCUUAAAGCAAGCUACUGCCCCGGGAGCAGUGUUGAUAUCUAGAGCUGCCUCAAAGCUAGCAGUGUUCCUGAGGCUUCCACAACCUCGGAAACAGUGUUCCUGCCUCACGGAGUGUUGCUGCCCGAGAGCAAAAUAUCAACGGCGGAUUAAUCAAGAGCAAUAUACUAGGAACGGUCGGACCAAAAUUUGUACCUUGCACGAGAAAAAUAGUGUACGGACGAAAUACAAGCAAAAGCAACUUUCCCAUACUGCUUUAAAACCUGACUUGAUGUUGUCGCUUCAACAUAAUUUUUAUCAUGUUGCUCGACAAAUCAACAUCGAAUUUGCUUCACUUAUUAAUGGAACUUUAACAUUAGCUAAACUUGAACAAUUAAACAAGAAUUGUUCAAAUUCAAUUUUUGAACGUAAUUCCCAAAAACAUUCAAAAAUUAUUCAAAUGGUUGAUGUUUUGAAUAAAUUUGUAGAUAAAAUUAAAACAAUUUUUCUAAUGAAUUUUAAUUAUUAUAAUCUUUUUGAUAUUAUUGCGGGAAGAAGUGAUUUACCAGCUCUAGUCGAAGGCGACCCUUUACAUCUUUCACUUUUUGAGUCGACAGAUUAUGCUGAAAAUUGGAUUCAACUUCAAAAUUUCACCACCAACGAAGGACUAAUCUCCCAUUUAAAUGCUAUCAAUGAUCAACGCUCUACUUUACUUCAUGCACUUCGUUCGGCCAAUUCAAAAAGACCGCUUAAAGAGACUUGUGUUUGUGCUAAAAAUUGUGGUGAUUCUCCAUCAAAAUCCAAAAAAUCUUCGGAUGGAUUGCAAAAUGAAACGAUAAAUUGUUUUGUUUGUAAUGCUCGAUUUCAUGCUUCAUGUAUUCAAUGGGACCUUUUCUUCGAACGUUUACCAGCUGGAAUUUAUUUAUGUCAACGUUGUCUACGCAGCCGACGUCCAUGUAUUGAAGAGGUUGAAGCUGCUUGUUCUUUACCCUAUUUGCCUGAUAACAGUCUUGAAAAGAUGCUCGUCAAAAAUUUAAUUGAUCACAGCACUAGAAUUUUCCAGAAUCUUCAUAAUCAACUCCAUUUUAUACCUAAAGGUGUUGAUUUGUCUACAAUAGAAGAUGAAACAAAAAAUAAAUUAAUUGAUUCACUUAUCAUGGCUCUUUCAACAGAAGUUGUCGAUGUACAAAUUUAUCAAAUGCUUUGUGCUUCUGCUUUUUUUGAUAUUUUUCCGAUUGAACAAAACAAUGUUGUUAUAUUACAAAAAAUUAAGGAAAGAGUUCCAAAUUCAAAUCCUCGUCCAGUUCUCUUCUCUCUGUUUAAAUCUCCAAUAUUAAUUGAACAUUCAUCUCGUCAAAAUUCGAAUAAUCGACGCAUUUCUGGCAUAAAACGACGUAGUACAAAUUCAACAACAACACCAAAAGGAAAUCGAAGAAGUUCAGGAAAAGCUUCGAGAGGAGGGAGAACUUCUUCAAAUUCUCGUCAAAAUGUAUUCAAAGGCGAAGAAGAUUUUUUAGAUGCCGACUUUAAUGGAGGAAUGAAAAAUGAAGAAGAGGAUGAGGAAACUUCAAGUAAUUAUGAUGAAUCAGGAUCGAUUAAAAGAGUUUUUAAAGAUCAUCAUUUGGAAAGAUGUGCUGCUGAUUUAUGUUUAAAUCCUUAUAGUGAAUAUACACGUUGGAUUCAAUGUGAAGCUGGUUGCGCUCGAUGGUAUCACUUUUGUUGUGUUGGCAUUUCAGUACGUGGAGCUCAACUAAUUUCUUCAUAUUGUUGUCUAAAAUGCUCCUCUUCUUCUUCAACAGCAACAACAACAUCAUCAUCAUCAACCUCAUUUUGUAAUAAAAUUGUAAAUAUUGAUGUUGAAAUUGAAAAACAACCACAACAACCAUCAACAUUAUCUGCAGAGCAAUAA